AUGGCGUCAAUCUUCCGGACAUUGGCGCUCUCCUCGCGCGCGUUCCUCCCUCGCGCGCCGACAUCCGUACUCGCAGGCGGCGUGGUGUCGCCGUUUUCAAAAGUCCUGGCCCUCGGGGCGACGACGACGCAGCAGCAGAUUCGGGGGAUGAAGGUCCACAGCUCCGUCAAGAAGCGAUGCGAGCACUGCAAGGUGGUUCGACGCAAGGCGGGAAAGAGGCACAACGGCUACCUGUACAUCAUCUGCAAGGCGAACCCACGACACAAGCAACGACAGAGUUAG